AUGACUGAAGGGUUUAACAAGAUGGAGUCGAGGUUCAUAAAGUAUAAGAAGUUCCACAAGAAGAACUUCAAAGGCAAGGAGAAGGAGUACAAGCUAAGAUACUCCAAGUCCAACGAUAAAUUCGAAGAGAAGAAGCCAUCUACUCCAGACUUGAAGGAUGUGAAGUGUUUUGGCUGCGACAAGAAGGGACACUACAAGACUGGUUGUCCUGAGAUUUCAUACUUAGAACGAAAAGCCCUUCGAGCCAAAAGAGAUUUCAUAUUCUCUUUGAGAAUCUCCUGGAAGAAAAUCAAAGAUUGGAGAAAGAGAUCAGUCAAGCUCGGACUGAAAAGGAAAAGACCAGUGUCUACCUUUCGGAUGAAAUUGGGUAAAACCAAGAAACAAAACAAGAAGAAAGAAGAAGCAAAAGCCCCAAACAAUACCUGGUACCUGGAUUGUGGAUGUUCGAAACACAUGACUGGAUGCAAGGAGUAUCUAACCCAGUAUGUGGAAAAGGCUGGAUCCAAAGUCGUAUUUGGAGACAACUCACUUGGAGAAACAAAAGGCUACAGUGAAUUAAAUAUGGGUAACGUAUGUAUAUCUAAUGUUAGCUAUGUUUCUUUGUCUGUGAGCCAAUUUUGCGACAGCGGAUUCUCUGUGAAAAUUAAAAGGGAUGAAUUUACAGUGAGAAACAACAACAAGAAGGAGGUGCUGAACGGGGUCAGACAGGGAAAGCUUUACGUGGUUUCUUGGGAAGAUAGUUCACCUGAGACCUGCCUAAUCAGCAAGAGUCAUGCCGAGCUCAACACCAUUUGGCAUCGAAGACUCAACCAUCUCAACUUCAAGACAAUCAACAAAGUUGCUAAACACCAACUAGUGGAAGGACUACCUCAAAUAGUCUUUCAGAAAAAGCAAGAAUGUGGAGCAUGCCAAUGA